GGAGACAGAAAGAGGCAAAGAGAUGGGGAAUGUUAAGGUCUUCUAAUUAUCAUAUCCACGAAGCCCCACCCCCAACCUCCUACCACCUACCUCCUUUUCCUCCUCCUCUUCUUCAGGCCACCAACGCCCCCAAGGCCAUCUUCCUCGUUUCCAACCUGCUGAUCAUGCUGUGUGUGCCGUGCCGCAUCUCCUACUACUUCAGCGUGGAGAAGGACCCCGUCCUUAGGAUCAUCGAGGACGAGCUGCUCUCCUACGCCGUGGCUGGCUCUUGGUUCAUGAUGAUGUUCUUCGCUGGCGCCCUCAAGCUUACGGGGCCGUUCGUGGUGAUGAUCUACAAGAUGAUCUCCGGGGACAUGUUCACCUUCAGCAUCAUCUACGGCAUCAUGCUCCUCGGGUUCUCGGAGGCUUUCUACUUCCUCAACAAACACCCCAAGAUGGACAAGGACAGCAAAUACGCCUCCUACAGGUCCACGUGGAUGGCGCUCUUCCACAUGACCCUCGGAGACUAUGAUUACAACGCCAUGGACCUGAACAUCUACAGCGGGAUGAGCAAGUUUGUGUUCCUGGUGUUCACGAUCAUGCUGCCCAUUAUGCUGCUCAACAUGCUGAUCGCUAUGAUGGCCAACACCUACAGCACCGUCAUCUCCAUGUCUGAGAAGGAGUGGGUCAAGGCGUGGGCCAAGAUCGUGAUAGCCCUCGAGCGCGCUAUAUCUCAGGAGAAGGCCAAGGACUACCUCUACAUGUACAGCCUUCCCCUGGGUGGCGGCGGCGACGGCGGGGAGGAGAGUCUUGGCGUGAUGGUCAUUAAGAGCAAGGACAAGACCAAGGCCAAGCAGCGGAAGGGCGCGCUUAGUAACUGGAAGCGCGUGGGUCGGGUCACCAUCGAUGCCCUGGCCCGGCGCGGCGUCAGCGGGGAGUUCCUUCGAAGGGAGAUGUGGGGCCUGCAGACGGCCGCCUCCACGCCUGUCAAGGGGCCGGCCAAGAAGAAGGGUUACGGCAAUCUGCUGGGCAUGGACGAUGGGCCGGGCACGGUGGACAUCAUGGGCGACGCUCUCACCCAGGCCCAGUUUGCCACGGAUGGCAACGUGGAUAACGACGAAAUGGAUGGCUUCGCCCUGACGGGCGCCAUCGACCAGCUGGCCUUCACGCACGACCUGGACUUCUCAGGCGACGGCUUGGACGACGACCCGCUGAAGCCUCAGGCGCCCGGGGGCAUGCCGGGCGGCGGGGUGCCCGGCGGCAACAGCCUGGUGCCUCCCAAAGCCCAUGCAGAGAAGAAGAAAAAGAAGAAAAAACGCGACAUGGACGGCCACAACAACCCGGCAUUCCUAGACGACGAGGAGCUGCUGUUGGCGGCGGCACUUGGUGGCGAAGGCGGCGGCGCCGGAGGCGCUGAAUCUGACGACUCAGACACCGACAUGUUGGAGGCGCGACGCCUCGCCCGGCCCAGGAUCGUGAUCCAGGCAGAGACGGAGGCGGCCGCUACAAUCGGCGUCAGUGUCCCCGCCCCCGCUGCCACAGUGAAGGGCAAGCCGCCGGUCAAGGCUCCGGGAGUUGCAGCCAGUAAGGACGCAAAGAAGACGCCCACCACCCCAGUGCCAGACCUAGGGCGGCCGCGUCUGCCCUCCGCCAAGAUCAGGAGAAUUGGCUCAGCUCGCAAGACCCCGGCGAGGUUCACCAUGACCUUCACAGAGAAGUACGAGGUGGUUACCCCGUCGCCCGGCGUGCCUCAGAAACAGACGUCGGCCGAGGGGCUGAGCGCGGCGCAGAGCGCUGCCGCCGACAAAGGACGGAAAGAGUCCAAGGACAAGACCAAAGACAAGGCCAAGGAAACGACUAAGGAGGUCAAGGCCAAGACAGUGGAUGAGGAACCCCCCGGUGCUGAGGGCCAGGAGGAGAGCGGCGACAAGUGGGCCGAGAAGAAGUCUCGGCGCAGCAGCAACAAAGUGGCGCCGUCAGAGGCCCCCGAGGCGAGUGGCGACGCACGAGCCCAGGACGACCUGAGCGUCGGCCUUGAGUCCGGGGCUGACUCGACCCGCGAGGAGGUGCGCGCCAAGGAGCGCGAGCGGCCCAAGACCUCGGUGGCCAGCCAGAAGAUGAACAGGCGGGCGACAGAAGACGUGGGGAACAUGAACAGCAUCCUGCCCUGGGACAACGAGGACGGCGACAUCAAGUAGAGAACAGGACCAUCAAGUGUGGCACAGCGAGGCCGGACCGUCAAGGAGAGGACAGCAGAGACGCGGACGUUAUGUUCACGAUGUGGAGGACAAAACGGUCAUAUUGAGGACAAUGAGAACAAUAACAUCGUGCGGGAACAGCGAGAACAAAGCCUUUAAGGUGACGG